UGCCCUCUGCACCUGCGGCGGGAUCCCCUCCUCGCCUGUUGUCUGAACUUGCCCUGUGUACCAGCCGCUUUUGUGUGCUCCGGACUUCACAUGCUCAUAUGUGUCUUUGGAGAGAGACCUCCUCCAAAGAGCUUAUCAGCCCUUAGUAAUAAACAAGAACCUUGCUACGGUUACUCAUAGGCGUGCCAUGAUUUAAGAUAGAGUGUUGCCUUGGAGACCAGAGCAAGUAGCACUUUGCAUUCCUCCCUUCCACCCUCCCCCCUGCAAACAUUCACCGGGGGCCCAGUAUUGGCGGCACCUUGCUGGAGCUGGGACACCCCAAUGAACAAGAACAAGUCAGGCAAGACCCCUUCUGCUCUGGGCUUUGGUCAGUAUUGGCUUUGACCCCUCGGGACAGCCAGGACCUUAGGGCCUGGAAUGUCAUUUCCUGUGAGGGUGAGGGACGGAAUGAGAGGUGUUCAGUUGGGAAGAGAGGAGGACUGACAGCCGCUCCCCAGUGGAGAGAGGAGUGUUGUGGAAGGAAGGUUGGCGCUGUCCUUACACACAGGGGCUUGUAUACAGAAGGCAUGCAAAAGAGGUUUGACUGGACUAUAAAAAGCAUCUUUAGCACUGGAUAAAGCCUGCCUGUGGAGGGGUGUGCUGUACAGCUGUGCUUGGCCCCACGCUGGCAUGGUGGGGACGUGAGUGCAGGCAGCCUGAGGUCCUCACCCUUCUUCCUGCCUGGCUGUGUAAUUGUUUUCAAAAGUCUUGUUUGACUUAGGACCUUCUAUAUGAAGUCCUAAUCUGAAGGAGUGGCUGAGGGAGCAGUUUUGUGACCACCCGCUGGAGCACUGUGAGGACACGAGGCUCCAUGACGCCGCCUACGUGGGGGACCUCCAGACCCUCAGGAGCCUGUUGCAGGAGGAGAGCUACCGCAGGACUGAGUUGAGAGAAGAAAUGCCUGCAUGUAGACAUGGAAUCCAAUACCAACUUUGUAGAUAGUUCCCCCAAAAAGGGUUUUUGCCCUGGCUGUGUGGCUCAGUUGGUUGGACCAUCAUCCUGUACACUGAAAGGUUGCAGCCGCAUCAACGAGAAGUCCGUCUGGUGCUGUGGCUGGCUUCCCUGCACACCGCUGCGCAUCGCGGCCACUGCUGGCCAUGGGAACUGUGUGGACUUCCUCAUCCGGAAGGGGGCCGAGGUGGACCUCGUGGAUGUGAAGGGACAGACGGCCCUAUAUGUGGCCGUGGUGAAUGGACACCUGGAGAGUGCCCAGAUCCUGCUUGAAGCCGGGGCUGACCCCAAUGGAAGCCGGCACCAUCGCAGCACCCCGGUCUACCACGCCUCUCGCGUGGGCAGGGCCGACAUACUGCAGGCCCUCAUCAGGUACGGGGCCGACGUCGACAUCAAUCACCACAUUCUUCCUGACAUCCGGCCGCCCUUUUCCCGGCGCCUCACCUCCUUGGUUGUCUGCCCUUUGUAUAUUAGCGCAGCCUACCACAACCUCCAGUGCUUCAAGCUUCUGCUCCAGGCAGGGGCGAACCCCGACUUCAACUGCAACGGGCCUGUCAACACGCAGGGUUUCUGUAGGGGCUCCCCCGGGUGCGUCAUGGAUGCUGUCCUGCGUCAUGGCUGCGAGGCGGCCUUUGUGAGUCUGCUCGUGGAGUUUGGAGCCAACCUGAACCUGGUGAAGUGGGAGUCCCUGGGCCCAGAGUCCAGGGGCAGAAGGAAGGUGGACCCCGAGGCCCUGCAGGUCUUUAAAGAGGCAAGAAGUGUCCCCAGGGCUUUGCUGAAUCUGUGCCGUGUGGCCGUGAGAAGAGCUCUUGGCAAGUACCGACUCCAUCUGAUUCCCUCGCUGCCGCUGCCAGACCCCAUAAAAAGGUUCCUGCUGUACGAGUAAAGGCAGUGCAGCGGCGGUUUGCAGCGCGGAAGGCGGUGAUCUGCGGGGAAGCUGGACCUGCUUCUUGCUCCUGUGAGCCCAUCCUGUGCCGACAGAUCACAUUUGGCUGUUGCUAGGCAGACGGCCUUUUUCUUCUGGGUUGUAAUUCCAUCUCAGGUCUUGGACAUCGGACAGUCUCUGGGUCAUUAUCAGCUGAGAGGCUCAUACAGAACUUGAUGUUAUUCUUCCUCAGUGUCUGUUUUGGAUUUUCCCAGCUGCAGAUGGAUGAGUGGGCCUGGAAGUGUGUGCAGGUGCAGGCUGUGGUUGGAGAACUCGGCACUUUCCAGAGCUGUGCUUCUGUCUGUGGUUUUACUUCUCAAUUUGUUUGAUUCAUCCUUCUGAUACCAAAUGGAAAGGGAGUUUUUGGUAAAAAAGUAGAGUGCAGAAACACAGUUCAUGAACUUGCUGGUUGUCCCUUGCUUCUGGGGUUGACAUGUGACACAUGUCGUACAUACAUCCCUUCCUUGCCAGUUCAGUGUUCUCUCCUUGGGGUGGGGAGUCCUACUGUCUUCAGUCAAGGCUGGUUUCCUGGCUGCAAGGAUUGGCGGUGUUAUCUCAAAGUCAGUGCCUGCGUUUGCUUGCAAUCAUAAGAGAGAGCAUCUGCAUUCCCCAGCGCUAUACCUGUUCUGGUACUCGACUGCUUGGCAUCAUGCCACAGGUCCCGAGUUUUCUGCCAUUUCAUUCUGGGGAACUUGCAGACAUCAUUUGGACCAAGGCCUGCCCAGCAGCAUCCACUGCCAGGUGCGGUGGGAAAAGAGACCUGCAGCGCUGCCUCUCUCCUAGUCCCUGCACACACCAGCGUGGCACCCACCUGUCCUUGGUGCGGCCAGGCUGUCAGCUGUGGUGUCCUGUGGACAAACACCUGUGGUUGGUAAUUGCUCCUCUCUGUUUGGGACCUGAUGUCUUGGUGGUAUUCCUAGAACCUAAGCGGAUAGUGGUGAGGUCAGGUCUCCCCCUGGCCUGCUGAGGGCGUGGUAGGUGGGAGAGAUGAGUGGGUUGGCACACCUGGGCUCUAAAGGAGGAGUUUCAGGAGUGGUGCUCAGCUCACCUUGGAGUUUUCCAAUCCUGGGUCCCCUUCUGCUGCUCGCUUGGCUCAGGCGUUCUCCUGUGAGCCAUGUUGCAGAGUUACGUGCUCUGUGCUGCCCUGCUGAGUGCUGUCUGCAGGGCCUGUUGAGGACACAGCGCCUAGCGCUGUCCUGGAGAGGGUCGUGGUGUUCGGGGCUUUCUGGACAGCAGCCCCUGGGAUUGCUGCCAGCCCACGAGCCCCCCAUGUGUAGGCGCGACCUUCUGGCUGCACAGGGCCAGGCCUCACCUCUUCCUUUCCAGAGGACAGGAUGCUCCCUGGGUUCAGCCGUUGUCUAGUGAGUUUUUUCAGAAUCCCUACAAUUUGGAGGUCAGCCUGCCUGAAACUUUAUAGCUGCCAAACGUGUGAACAGUCAGCUGCUUAAGGCCCCUUUGUUGUUCAAAGUGACACUUUAUAAAGCUCCUGGUCUUUUGUUGGCAAUGGUGGGCCAAAGCAUAGGAACAGAGCACUUUAUACAACCAUGUUUCUAAGCCCUGGGCUCGAAGAGCUGAGGCUGCUGCCUGGCUGGCCCGAGCCUUCCCCAGGAAAGGGCACCGGCAGCCGAUGGAAGGAGCCGAGCACCCCCAGCCUAGUCCGCGGCGCCUCUGACUGUCUCCAUAGUCCUGAGCUCUGGGCCUUGGCUGCUGGGGACAGAUGGGCUGGGGUGGGCAUGGGUGGGGGCAGUGUUGAUAACUCUGAGAAUUCAGCUUUGGCACCCUGGGUGGGGUGUGGAAUGUAUCUCCCAAACCCACCUGUGUCACGUUUGUGCCUUUUCAUGUUGUUUAUUUAUUUAUAUAUUUAUUUAUUUAUACCUGGCUUUAUUCCGGAAAAGCGUUUAAGGCAGAGAUACUUUAGUUUUGAUGUUUGGUUCUGAAAUUGGAUAAGUUUUAGUUAGUGUGUACUUGUUAAACAGAUACUUUUUUGAAGAAAGGACAAUUGACAGUUUCCUAAUGUAGAAUAUGUCUGUUAUCAGGCCUAAGUGCCAUCACUUUAAGUUUUUUGCAUCUUCCACGACUUGAUUCUUCAAAUGAAUGUUUCAUGCAGAAGUAGGAAGAGGAACAGCAAGCACAGGACUGAGCAGGGGAGGCCCUGUCCCAGAGAAGCAACUGUGCCUGGGCAGGCCCGUGGGCAGGGCGGCUGCGCUUAGCGAGGCUGUGCCUUCCCGCAGGGCUCACAGGAGAAUGUACAGGAGGCACAUUGUGCAGCAGUCCCUGUCAGCUGCUGUCCUGGUGACUGUCCCUCCCUCGUGAGUGAUGGUGCAGAUGCCGUAAGGGUCUGGGACCUUGGGAUCGGGCUUGACGGUGUGUCCCCUGGGGCAGUGAGAGUCCUGGGGUCCACAGCUAGGUCUUGGGCACAGCAGGCUCUGUGCAGGUCGGAAGUAUAACUUAGAAAGUCCAGUUUAGUAAACCCAGAGGGUUGUCUUUUAUUUUGAGAUUAUGUUCUUAAUUUGGGUGAUAAAAUGUCCUUUAUUGAAGGUGGUAAGAGAGGGCAAUUUUUAAAAAAAUCUUGGUUGCAAAACAAAUUGUUUGCUGCCUUUUGUCAAGCUACAGAAUUUCUCGUUUGUCCAUCUCUGAAGUCCCAAAGUUGGGGACCCACAGUUCAGCUGUAGUGUGUUUACACAGCGGUGACAAAGUCCUCUUGGAUCCUGGAAGUGGUCUGUGCGCUGUUGAAGGACAGUGUCAUGUGGCUGUUGCCUCAUCCAGGAACGAGCUCUGAGGUCCUGUAUGGCAUAGUUGGAAGUGCAUGCUACAUCCUGGUGAUGACAGGGCCAGUGUCCCUGCAGUGGUGGCCCUCUGGCCACUCCCGAGUCCACAGAGACUCUCCUCUGUAUCUUGUGCAGACUCGAUUCUAUCUGCUCUAGGCGAUAAUAGGAUGGAGAAGUGAGGUGGGGAGGAGUGACUUCCGUUGCUUUAGAAUAUAAUUGCUCAGUUUCUGGAAUGCGUAGGUAUCCUUUCUUUUUAAGUUGCUUUGUUUUCGGAUUCCUACCAAGUAAUGUACGAAUGUGCAUAAGUCCGGUCUAAGUGUGGUGUUUAUGGACACCACUCUCUGGUGUAUAAAACCACAGUGUGCUGCUGCAGUUCAGCCAGCAGAGUCCUCUGUCUGGUGUGUGCACAGCUCCUGUGUGCCGGGACAUGCACAGAUAAGGACCGUCCUGAGCACAGCGUCCCCUCAGCUUUGUGAUGAGUGUGUUUGACCACAGUGGCUGGGACCCACUGCUCUUGCACUUGUACCUGGUUAAGAGCUUUCAAAACUACAAUGGACAUCUUUCUAUGUUACUGUAAAUUAAUAAAUGCUUUAUUCCCCUA